AUGGCACGAAUCUCAGAUCUUAUUCGAGACUCGAAGUUGGAGACAUAUUUCCUCCCGGACUGUCAAGUAGAAACAGUCCACACAUUCCAGGAGUCAGACCCAACUUCUGGACAGCGCCUUGUGACUAGAUCAGAGCAUUGGCAGCGGCAAAAACGGAUCGGACGUGGUGGAUUCGGUUGCGUCUGGCUGGAGAAACGUACCAAAGGCGGGCGACCAGGGGCCAUAGCUCAAGAUGGUGCAGUCCGAGCAGUUAAGCAGAUUGACACGGAUCCGAGCCCCAGAUCGAUCGACUUCAAUCGCGAGUUGGAGGCAAUUGCUAAGUUCUCACACCCUCGCUAUGAACGAUGCUUUGUCAAGUCAUUCGGAUGGUACGAAGGACCUAGCCAGCUCUUCAUAGCAAUGGAAUACCUCGAACUUGGCGACCUUUUUGCAUAUCUACAGAGUAGACCACCCGUACCGGAGGCUGAGGCGAAAGAAAUCGCGUAUCAGAUUCUCGAGGGUCUGACCAUGAUGCAUGGAAAUGGGUUUGCCCACCGAGAUUUAAAACCAAAUAAUAUAAUGAUCAAAUCACAUCCUCCAGACAAGUGGUGGAUCAAGCUUGCGGACUUCGGUAUUACCAAGCGCAUCGACGAAAACCACGGGAAAUCCACGACGAUAACGGGUACUCCAAGGUAUUUUGCCCCUGAGACUUGGGGGUUCGUUGAGCGAGGCAGUGCUUAUGCCACAGACAUGUGGGCUCUUGGAGAGAUUGUAUUUGAAAUGCUCACCAAGAAGUCUGCGUUUCCGAAUUCGGGAUCGCUUGCAAAUUACAAAACCCAGCAAGACUUCCCAAUCACCAUGCUUACUGACGCUGGUAUCAGUCAACCAGGUGUUGACUUUGUGCUUUCAAUGAUGUCUCUUUAUCCUAAUGAUCGAAUGACGGCUGUCUCUGCUAUGUCAAGCGCGUGGAUAGAAUCCCUCGUACUUCACCCGCCCGAGUCCAUGAAAGCUACCAAAGGCGAGCCACAAACUCCCUAUCAAGUCACAAUAAUGACCGAAGAGUUUGCGUCAUGGACCACAAAGAUUUCUUCAGAGACACCGGAGGAUGCCUUUCAUGGCAUGUCUGGUUCAACUACCGUGGUGAAUAUGCUAAACCCUGCCCAUGGGACUGCCAUUAUAACACAAAAAGAGAAGGUAUAUUCUUCUCUAGGUACUGCAGUACCGGUUGUUAUACAAGAUCAAGAUCAAGUCGCGGCCCCUGAGCUCCGCCCCACAGAAGCUGAAAGCCAGCAUCAGACCGGUGUUGCGCUCCACGGCCAGAAACGGUUCAAAGAGGCAGAAAUCAUACUCCAAGAAGCUCUUCAGAGACGAAAGGAGGUACUAGGAUAUUACCACGAAGAAACACUCAGAACUGCACACUGGCUUGGCCGAUCAUGCUAUAAUCAGGGUCAGUAUAGAGAAGCUGGAACCAUGUUGCGACAUGCUCUUCAGGGACGAGAGAAGAUGCUAGGCCGCGACCAUGGAGAAACACUCAGUUCUACAUACUGGCUUGGUCUCUCGCUCUACGGCCAGAAGCGGUUCAGAGAGGCGGAAACCAUAUUCCAACAAGUUUUUCAAAGGCGAGAGAAGGUGUUAGGACAUCAUCACAGAGAAACACUUAGAGCUGCUCACUGGCUUGGCCUUUCACUCUAUGAUCAAGGUCAGUAUAAAGAGGCAGAAACCAUAUUCCGAUACACUCUCCAGGGGCGAGAGAAGGUGUUAGGCUGUGACCAAGAGGAAGCCCUCAAUUCUACACACUAUCUUGGUCUCUCGCUCUACCAUCAGCAAGGGUACAGCGAGGCAGAGAAUUUGUUCCGACGAGCUCUUUAUGGGCGAGAGAAGGCGCUAGGCUGUGAUCAUAAAGAAACACUCAAUUCUACCCACUAUCUUGGUCUCUCGCUCUAUCGCCUGAAACGGUACAGCGAGGCAGAGGCUAGGCUCCUCCGAGCUCUUCAUGGGCGAGAGAAGGUGCUGGGUUGUGAGGAGGAAAAAACCCUCAAUUCUACACACUAUCUUGGUCUCUCGCUCUAUUUUCUGAAACGGUACAGCGAGGCAGAGAAUAUGUUCCGCCGAGCUCUUCAUGGGCGAGAGAAGGUGCUAGGCCGUGACCAGGAAGAGACGCUCAAUUCUACACACUAUCUUGGUCUCUCGCUCUAUCGUCAGAAUUCGUACGACGAGGCAGAGAAAAUGUUCGAACGAGCUCUUCAGGGGCGAAAGAAGACACUGGGCCAUGAUCACAAAGACACAUUAGCCGCCAAAAAGUACAUGGAUGCGGCCCAUAAGCGAGUCCCUAGCUAA